AUGGCGGCGCUGAGGCUUCUGGCCUGGGCGCUCCCACGCGGGCUCUCUCUUCACCGCCCACGGCCCGCGCUGCCCCACAGCCUUGUCCGCCGCUAUGCUUCGGACCGCAGCGGGAGUGUCCAAUUCUACACCGACCCGGUGAAGGCGGUGGAGGGCGUCAAGGAUGGGUCGACCGUCAUGCUCGGGGGCUUCGGGCUCUGCGGCAUCCCCGAGAACCUGAUCGGGGCGCUGAAGACCAAGGGCGUGAAGAACCUAAAGAUCGUCAGCAGCAACGUGGGCGUGGACGACUUCGGCCUGGGCAUCUUGCUGGCCUCCAAGCAGGUCAAGCGCGUGGUGUGCUCCUACCUGGGGGAGAACGCACUCUGCGAGAAGCUCUACCUGGCGGGCGAGCUGGAACUGGAGAUGACGCCGCAGGGAACCCUGGCCGAGCGCAUCCGCGCGGCUGGCGCGGGCGUGCCCGCCUUCUACACACCCACGGGCUACGGCACGCUGGUGCAGGAAGGGGGCUCCCCGAUCCGGUACUCGCCCGAAGGCCACCUGCUUACCCUAAGUGAGCCGCGGGAAGUGCGCGAGUUCGAGGGCCGCCACUACCUGCUGGAGCAUGCUAUCCACGCUGACUUCGCCCUGAUCAAGGGCUGGAAGGCCGACCGUUCGGGCAACGUGAUCUUCAGGGGCAGCGCGCGCAACUUCAACGUGCCCAUGUGCAAGGCCGCGGACAUCUCCGUGGUGGAGGUGGAGGAGAUCGUGGACGUGGGUACUUUCGCCCCGGAGGACAUCCACAUCCCCAACAUCUACGUGAACCGCGUGAUCAAGGGGCCGAGGUUCGAGAAGCGCAUCGAGCGCCUGACCACGCGUGACAGCAAGCCCGCGCCCGGCAGCAAAGUGGAUGACCCCUCCAGGACACGCAUCAUCAAGCGCGCGGCUCUCGAGUUCGAGGACGGCAUGUAUGCCAAUCUGGGCAUCGGCAUCCCGCUCUUGGCCAGCAACUACAUCAGCCCCAAGAUGACCGUCUACCUGCACAGUGAAAACGGGAUCCUGGGCUUGGGCCCGUUCCCUUUGAAAAAUCAGGUAGAUGCCGACAUCAUCAACGCAGGCAAGCAGACAGUGACGGUGAUUCCCGGGGGCUGUUUCUUCGCCAGCGAUGACUCUUUUGCCAUGAUCCGCGGCGGACACCUCCAACUGACCAUGCUCGGGGCCAUGCAAGUUUCUCAGUACGGCGACCUGGCCAACUGGAUGGUGCCAGGCAAGAAGGUGAAGGGCAUGGGCGGGGCCAUGGACUUGGUGUCUGGUAAGAAGACCAAAGUGGUGGUCACCAUGGAACACUCCACCAAGACAAAGGAGCACAAGAUCUUAGACAAAUGCACCAUGCCACUGACCGGCAAGGGCUGCGUGGAUCUCAUCAUCACCGAGAAGGCGGUGUUUGACGUGGACCCGAGUAAGGGGCUGACGCUGGUGGAGAUGUGGGAGGGCUCCUCCAUAGAUGACAUCAAGGCCACCACAGGCUGUCCGUUUGCGGUGAGCCCCAACCUCAAGCCCAUGCAGCAGAUUAAGACCGAUGCUUGAGCAGCCCUCCAGGGCUGAUCUGCCACUU